CGGGUUAAGUGCCCGGAUGCGGAAGUAGUCGCUCUCUUCUGUCAUCAACCCUGCGGCUGCUCGUCAGGUCACAGCCGCCCGGAGUCCGGCCCGUCACCAUGCCUCGCAAAAUUGAAGAGAUCAAAGACUUCCUGCUGACGGCCAGGAGGAAAGAUGCCAAGUCCGUCAAGAUCAAGAAGAAUAAGGACAAUGUGAAGUUCAAGGUGCGCUGCAGCCGGUACCUGUACACCCUGGUUAUCACGGACAAAGAGAAGGCUGAGAAGCUCAAGCAGUCCCUGCCCCCAGGUCUGGCUGUGAAGGAGCUGAAGUGAACUGGAUGCACCCGGCCUUUUCAUAUGUAUUAAUAAAAAAAAAAAAAAGCAAA